AGCAAAGGUGGGGAGGGAAUUAUCAGCCCUCAUCUCACAAUCAUGCUCUCACUUAAACCUUGCGCUCUCUCCAAAACCAAUUUCUCCUUGUCAUGACUUCAGGCCGUAAACCGCGCGACCCGGUCCUCCGGCGCAUUCCAUACGACUCUCCGCGAUCCGCCUUCAUCGAGGCUCUCGAGAAGAACGGAUGCGUAAUCGUGCAGAAUUUUACUAACCCCGAGGCCUUGGCAAAGGCGAAAGAAGAGGUACAGCCGUACCUAGAUGUUGAAGAACCGGCUAGCUCCGUUGGAGCGCUGCAGGGGAGCACGAAAACAUGCACGCGUCUAAUAGGUCGAAGUGCUACUGUUCGAGAGAAAUUCUUCGCGGAUGAGCUAUACCAGGACAUCGUCGAACACUUCCUCGCAAUAGAAAGCACCUGCUACUACGGUGCUAACGCCACCACCACAACAUGUCACCCCCUGCUUUCCGUCUCCAUCACCAUGGACAUCAGACCAGGCACACUCGCCCAGCAGCUUCAUCGCGACGACAAAAACCACCACGCGCGCCACACCGCGGUCCCAUCCUACCCAAGGAAUCGCGACGUCCUUCUGGGUCUCUUCGUCCCCGACUGCGCUACGCGGCGUGAAAACGGCGCAACGCGUGUCGUGCCGGGGAGCCAUCUGUGGGGCGACGCGAAGCCGGAUUUCGGGGACGGCAGCAAGGGCGUUGUGGAUGUAGAGAUGGAGGCUGGAGAUGCGUUUUUGAUGUUAGGAAGCCUGUAUCAUGGCGGUGGGCAGUUUAUGUUGGAAGAGGGGAAUCGGAUGAUGCAUAUCAUGUUUUGCUGUGCGGGGAACAUGCGCCAGGAGGAAAUUUCGUUUCUCUCGUACCCCGUUGAGGAGGUGAAGAAGUACUCGAAAGUGGUGCAGGAUAGACUUGGGUGGACGCAGUCAGAACCGAAUUUGGGGUGGGUGGAUUUGAAGUCGCCUGAGUUCAUGCUGCAGUAGAACAGGGAAUUGAGUUGAACAUGUGAGUAUAACAUGAGAGCCCUUCAGAGUUCUGCUUCCACCCCUGCGUUUGUCUACUUGCUGUGUGAAUAGAAUCAUACACGGGCGCAAGGACCGCGUUCACGGGGUUCUUCUUUCAGCCCGCUUCGCACUCCCAUGCUUGCGGGGGACGUGAAGCCUCAGGGAUGCGGAAUGUGUAGAAACGUAAUACGCCACUAUACGCCACUAGCGUACCUCUCUGGAAACCCUAUAUAUACCCC